UUUGUACUUUGCGCCACCACCAGCACGUGGAAAGGAAGUGUAGAGGUAUAUGUGCACAGCACGUAACUCCUCCAUCGCCCCCAUAGACGCCAUCCACACCAUGCCCACUCUACCUCCGCGGAUUUAAUGGUAUUAUUAUUAUUAUUAUUAUUAUUUUUACCAGAGCACAAUAGUCUCCUGCGUCAGACCUGCCGCGCCAUGCGUGUCCUGUGAGCGCCAACCGCCGCCUGGCUGGAUCCUCCACGAGCGCAGUGAUGUUGCACACGGACUUACAGUAGCAGAGCCUCGAUGAAGAACAUUUCAUUCGCCACGGCGUCCUAACGUCCUAACGCUACCUCCACUUUUCAGAAGAAGCACAACCUCUUCUCCCUGGCACCUUUCCACUUCUUCUUGAACUCCAAAUUAAACACCUCCAAAGUCUCCUCUCUUCACCGUCUGCACGCCUUGGAGGAACAUUCCUAUUUUUCUAGCCAUGCCAAAUAACACCAGGGUGACCCAGCUGGAGCACAGCAGUGAGCCGGUCACUGAGUCUGUGGCUGACCUGCUGUCUCUGGAGCACCCCAUGGACUAUAAGAGCAGUCAGAUGAGCAUGGGCCUCAGCCCGGGCUCAACUGCCCCGGUAAGAGCACUGCUGCCUUCCCCUGACCCUGAUGCAGAGGACGGACGGCCGGCAUGGAACAACAAGAUGCAGUACAUCUUGGCGCAGGUGGGCUUUUCUGUGGGUCUGGGUAACGUCUGGAGGUUCCCCUACCUGUGCCAGAAGAAUGGCGGGGGCGCUUACCUGGUGCCCUACUUCAUCCUCCUCCUCCUCAUCGGCAUCCCUCUGUUCUUCCUGGAGCUGGCGGUGGGUCAGCGAAUUAGGCGUGGCAGCAUUGGUGUGUGGAACUAUGUGUACCCCCAGCUGGGAGGCAUCGGGGUUUCUAGUCUGAUGGUUUGCGGCUUUGUGGGCCUCUACUACAACGUGAUCAUCGGAUGGAGCAUCUUCUACUUCUUCCAGUCUUUCCAGUACCCGCUUCCUUGGGCUGAAUGUCCCGUCCAAAUCAAUGGAACUCAAGCCAUCGUGGAGCCAGAGUGUGAGAAAAGUUCAGCCACAACGUACUUCUGGUACCGUAGAACGCUCAACAUCACCAGCAGCAUCGACGACACUGGCGGACUCAACUGGCAGAUGACUCUGUCCUUGCUGAUCGCUUGGAUCUUGGUGUGCUUGGCUGUCAUCAAGGGCAUCCAGUCCUCUGGGAAGGUGAUGUACUUCAGCUCACUCUUCCCUUACGUGGUGCUCUUCUGUUUCCUGGUGAGAGGCUUGUUCUUGAGAGGAGCAGUGGAUGGCAUCGCCCACAUGUUCACCCCAAAGCUGGAAAAGAUGUUGGAGCCACAGGUGUGGAGAGAGGCAGCCACCCAGGUGUUCUUUGCGCUGGGUCUGGGCUUCGGAGGAGUCAUUGCCUUCUCCAGUUACAACAAGCGAGACAACAACUGCCACUUUGACGCCGCCCUGGUCUCCAUCAUCAACUUUGUUACGUCCAUCUUGGCCACUCUAGUUGUUUUUGCUGUCCUGGGCUUCAAGGCAAACAUCAUGAACGAGAAGUGUGUUAUAGAGAAUGCCGAGAAGAUACUAAUGUAUCUGAAUACCAGCGUGCUGAGCAAAGAGCUCAUUCCUUCUCACAUCAACUUCUCCCACCUGACCACACAAGACUAUGCAGAAAUGUACGGAGUCAUUAAGACAGUGAAGGAGGAAAACUUUGCCCAGCUAGGCCUGGACCCUUGUAUGCUGGAGGAUGAACUCAACAAGUCGGUUCAGGGCACUGGCUUGGCGUUCAUCGCCUUCACAGAAGCCAUGACGCACUUCCCUGCCAGCCCUUUCUGGUCUGUCAUGUUCUUCUUCAUGCUGAUUAACUUGGGCCUGGGAAGCAUGAUCGGAACCAUGACGGGCAUCACCACGCCCAUACUCGAUGCCUUCAAGGUCCGCAAAGAGAUCCUGUGCGUGGUUUGCUGUGUCAUUGCCUUCCUAUUGGGUCUGCUGUUUGUGCAGCGUUCAGGGAACUACUUUGUCACCAUGUUUGACGACUACUCGGCUGGAUUGCCGCUCACCGUGGUGGUCAUCCUAGAGAACAUCUCUGUGGCCUGGAUAUACGGCACUAAACGGUUCAUGCAGGACCUGGAGGACAUGCUUGGUUUCAGGCCGUACUCUUUCUAUUACUACAUGUGGAGGUACGUGUCACCAGCUGUGCUGGUGGUACUGAUUGUGGCGACCGUCAUCGAGAUGGCCAUCAGCCCCGCGGGAUACAACGCUUGGGUUGAAGCCGAGGGCUCAGAGCGUUUCCACAGCUACCCACCCUGGGCUUUAGGCAUGGCCUAUUCCCUCAUCGUGCUGGCCAUGCUGCCCUUACCUCUGGUUUUCAUCGUCCGCCACUUCAACCUCGUGUCGGACGGCUCCAACAAGCUGUCAGUCUCUUACCGUAAAGGCAUGAUGAAGGAUAUCUCCAACCUGGAGGAACAGGACGAGCAGCGCUUCAUCCUCAACAAGAACCCCAGCGAGGCUCCUUCUCCCAUGCCCCCUCACCAUGCCUACCUGGGGCCCGGGGGUACCCAGGAGAUGACCAACACCAACUAUGGCACCAGCACCAAGACAGGCUACCAGAACAUCGGCUCGCCCGAGUCCGAGCUAUGAUGCAGCAUUUCGCAGUGCGUCGUCCGGAGAAAAGAAGAGAAAAAAAAAAUCCACCGACGUGUUUUUUUUCUCCAUAUCACCUUCACCUGUCAAGUGAUCAGUAGACGUUUUCCAAGCUUCAGGUGUGCCCAAUUUGCCAUGUUCUGAAUAAUAAUCCCACAUUUAGGAGGUGGUUUUCUGAAUGUAAAGAGCACAAUCUCGUACAAAUUGUUCACCCUACAUGGUCACAAUACUAGUGUCUGAAACGUGAUUGUGGUGUUGUUAAACAAGCACAUUCUUAUUUGUGCUACUGCGGGACAGAUGCAGCUAUAUUUCCAGCAUCUCUGAGCCUUAAAACAAAGCAGCACUUUUUCUUUUGCCAUCAUAUCUUUCUUAGACAAACACAGCUCCGUGUUUGAUCCCGGUUGUCCAACCAAUCAUGUUAAGCGCAAAAUGCUUGUGUUUGAUCAGCUUCACGCUCGCCAUUGCCGGGGCUCGGUGGUGUGAGUUUUUUCAUUCAAAUGCAGAAAUGCCUGUUUGGGCUUGUGCGCCACUCCUGAAUGUGAAAAGGUGGGUAAAAAUAGAGUUGUGCGUUACCCAGUGGAAGCCGUGGCAACGCGCCAUAGAUACAGAGCCUUUUGUGAUGACGAGGAGGAGGAGAGUGGACGCCUUGGCUUUUGUUGGCUGCACUUGCACAUUUGCUCAGCAAUAGACGAGACGGUUUACUGUUAAUCCGUUAUUUACCUUCAUUAUAGAACAUUCCGACACCUGGAACACAAAGGCUAUAUUUUGAUGUCUGUACAUGUGUAUUUUCCUGUGAGUGCAAUUUUUGGUGGAUUCAAAUUGUACAGUGAUGUAACCAUAUUGAAGUGGCAAUACACUACUGUAACCACUAGGGGUCUCUGCUGGUCAACAGAGGAGACAAUGCCCCGCCCCCCUUUCCCUGUAGCCCCUUUUCGAGGCAAAACCAAUGCUUGAGACUGAUCAGGUGUAAAGUGAUGCACACACAGGUCAGUCCAGGGGCGCCGCUAGGGAUUUUGGGCCCCAUGAAAAGAAUCUUUACAGGGCCCCUCUAUCUUUACAGGACCCCACUGUAUUAUAAUUUCAUCAUCAUUAGGGGCCUCUCUGGGCCCCCCCCCUCCAUCAUGGGCCACUAGAAUCCGUCUCCUUCACCCCCCCUUUUCGGCGCCCCUGGGUCAGUCACAGUGUUGGGUGCCUGCGGAGCGUCUGUUUGCCUUAUGCUUCCUGUGCCAGUUCGUUCUUGAUGAUAUACUUUAACUAUGUGCAGUUUUAAUCAAUGUUAUUUCGUCGUGUCCACUUGAACACUGUAAUUAGAUUGAGACCCUUGAGUUGUUUUGUUAAGCACACACUUUUAGAGGGCAGCUUUGUGGGAUUUGAAGUCAAUAGCAUGCACUUAUGAGGGUUUGAAGGUGGUCAAAGCGCUUUAAGUUAGGUUAGGGUACUUUAUUAGUACCCAAAUGUGAACUCGUUUUGCAGCCAGCAAGAUCAGGACUUCCAUUGAAUAUAGAGAAAAAGUAAAAUGAUGAAUAAAUGAAAUUAGUUUACUUCGGUCAUAUAAUCUACCAUUUUGUGUGAUCAAUUUAACAGCACAAAUUAUACAUAUUAACAAUCAUAUACAUAAACACACAAAAAGAAAAAGAAUGACCGAAAAAGGAAUAGGCUGAAGCCAAGACUUAUAUUUGCCUAUCCUAUACAUUCACUGAAAAUUAGAUUGCCUGUAACAUCAAUGGGAUGAAAGUAAUUGAUGCUAUAUUUUAUAUUUUUCCAUUAUUUCACCUUUGAAGGCUUUCUUAAACCUUAACAAAGAGUUAAUUAAAUAAAUAAUUAAUGUACCAAUGAUUACAACACUCACGCUAGGUGUGGUGAAAUGUGUCCUCUGCAUUGAAUCCAUCCCCUUGAUCACCCCCUGGGAGGUGAGGGGAGCAGUGGGCAGCAGCGGUGCCGCGCCCGGGAAUCAUUCUUGGUGAUUCAACCCCCAAGCAGGGAGGUAAUGGGUCCCAUUUUUAUGGUCUUUGGAAUGGCUCGGUCGUGGUUUGAACUCACAACCUACCGAUCUCAGGGCGGACACUAUAACCACUAGGCCACUGAGAACUACAUGUCGUCAACUCAUCACUGAGCUUGUUCCAGCAUUUUACUCCUAAAACUGAAAUACAUUUGUAUUUAUAUUCGUUCUUACUUUACAUAUUUCAAAAAUCAAUACCCACCAUAAAUUAUGGUUUUCGCCUCUUAAUUUAAAGAACCUGAGAAUACAAGCUGGAAGGCUGUUGUUCUUUACUCGAAACAUAAUUUCCAUUGUUUUAAAAAAAAAACACAAUAUCUGAAAAUUUUAAAACAUUACAACUUAUGAAUAAGGGAUUGGUAGGUUCAUAGUAGCACGUUUUGUGUAUUAUUUUAGUUACGCUAUUUUGAAGUUUAAUUAUUGGGUCUAUGUUUGUUUCAUAAACAUUUUCCCAAACUUCAUGUUAAAUAUAGAAAAAAGAAAGACUACUAUUACAUAUGCAGACAUUUCUUAUUCAGCAUGUGUCUUACUCUAUAAGGAAUAAUAAUAAUAAUAUGUUAGACAUGUAAUUCAUGGACGUACCACAUAACCAGCAUUGGUAAGAUCAUAAAAUUGUAAAUCAACUAAAGGUUCUCCAUAAAAAAGAUAACAUAUAUAAUCACAAUAAAGUGAAGUGAAGUGAAGUGAAUUAUAUUUAUAUAGCGCUUUUUCUCUAGUGACUCAAAGCGCUUUACAUAGUGAAACCCAAUAUCUAAGUUACAUUUAAACCAGUGUGGGUGGCACUGGGAGCAGGUGGGUAAAGUGUCUUGCCCAAGGACACAACGGCAGUGACUAGGUUGGCAGAAGCGGGAAUCGAACCUGCAACCCUCAAGUUGCUGGCACGGCCACUCUACCAACCGAGCUAAACCGCCCAAAGUAGGACUUGGAGCAAUCCACAAUAAAGUAUCAUAAAUAAAAUGAUAAAUUACACCAAAACAAACAUGGGCAAAAAGAUGGACUACAACUUGUUUAGUUAAGUUAUGGCAAUUGGUACAAAACUGCAUCUGUACUGUUUUGUUUUGCCUCUUGAAUUAAAAUAUAAUUAUUCAUAAACACUGACUGCACAGUAUCAGGAGCAAUUCCACCUACUGCAGUGUUUAAAUGACUGGAACUUUACAUUUUUAGGUGAGACGACAGGGCUGUCUAGUAGUUGACCACAUGUCACCUUACAUAGUGGAACCUCGAUUUACGAACUUAAUUGUUUCUUCAACAUGGUUCACCAACCGAAAAGUUGGAACAAAAAAGAAGAGUUCGAAUAGUGAAGCAGAGUUCCCCAUAAGAAUCAAUGUAAACAUGAAUAACAGGGGGUGAAUAACUUAACAAUCUCUUUUUUUUAAUCCAAACAACACAACAACAUAACAGCAAGCUUAAAUGUCAACACGUAUUCUUGUUGGUGCGCUCUAAAACCCCAAAAAAAAAAAAAAAGCAACUAGUUUUACCAUGUGCUUGGGAAUAUUUGUGCCAGCGUUGAACACUAGGAGUUUUGGAGUGUCAAAUGAAUAACUUUGAUUUAUAUCGCGCUUUUCUAAACACUCAAAGCGCUCACAGAGAAGUAGGACUCAUCAUUCAUUCACACCUGGUUGUGGUAAGCUACAUCAGUUGCCAAAGCUGCCCUGGGGUAGACUGAAUGGGCAGUGGCUUCACAUCGUCACCAUUAUCGUUAGCACAAACAAGCAGUGUAAGGCGAUCCUUCACCAUAUUGUGUCUAGGUAGUGCCUUUUCCUUCUCUGUAAUAAAGGUCCGCUGUAGCAUCUUUUUUGGUCUCAUCCCAAUUAAAGUCUUUCUGUGUAACAAAGGCCCCUCAGCUUAUAAAAUCCCCGAACUGGAGGAGUCGCAAGUCAGUCACACAAAGUGAAUUCUAAGUGCUCUGACCGCGCCAACAAUUGUAGAAAUAAAUCGUAUACUCCAGCACAAUCGUAGAAAUAAACUCAUCAGAAUUGCCACUUGGCGUUGAAGCUCUGCAAAAUGACAGAGUCCAGGUGUAUAGGAUGACAUGGGGGCCCCCCAUCUCUUCAAAAUGCAAAAUGAAUGAAGUAACCAUUGGUUGAAACAUGGUCCGAACACAGAGGCAUAUUUGGGGCGAUUGUAAACGUUUGUAAACCGAAACGGUCACAAAUAGAGGCAUAAGAUUUUGUUGAAAUAACCCACAAAAUAUGUUAGAGGCUCCAAAAGCACUACAGUCGUUCCUCGCCACGUCACACUUCAAAGUUUGGGGCUUCACCAUAUUGAAGUAGUUUGUUUUUUAAAUAACCAAUUCUUGGUGUUUCGGGGCUGAAUUAAACAUUCUCAAACAUAAAAUGGCUAAAUGAGCAAUAAAAUACUAACUCGACAGUUGUAUUAUCCACGAGAGUCAAACGAAUCAAAGUGCACUUUUCAGUAUCGUGGCCAGUGAUUGGCUCAGCUUCAGGCAGCAUUACUGUAUUGGAUUAAACAGUGUAAAAGUGACUAUGGCUGUUAUUUUAGGUCUCAUACUGUCAAAACCUGUCUUUAGAAGGUCGUAAACAGUUUUUAAUGCUCUAGCAAUGAAAAUGUACAAUUCAUAAUUAAUCAUUCAUACUUCACAGAAAGUAAUUUACCUCGGUUAAGGCCUGGAACCAAUUGACAAUGAUAAACGAGGGUUUACUGUAUAACCUUCUCAGAUCCAGCAUCCUCUGCAGUGGACGUCUGUAUUUUGCAUAACAGGGCAAUUUUUUUUUUUUUUCAAAAGGUGUAACUGAAAAAAAGCAAUAGCCCAAAAACAAAUGUCCACUAAAGAAGACAUUGGUUCGAAGGACAAAAUAUUGAUUAUCAUAGGAUGAGUAUAGAAUUUGGUACUUUUAUUGCCACCAAGCAAUUCAAACGGUGCCAUAUUUCGAGAGCUCUGUUGCACAUGACGCCAUGAGCGGGUGCCUCGAAGAUAUUUUGGAAAAAAAAAACAAGUAUGCAUGUUAGAAAAUGCUGGAAAAUAAGGUUGUAUUUCUCAAAAUGUUUUUGCUUGAAGCUAAUAUAAUUGGAAUUAGCCUUAGACAUGCUACUGAUUAGCAUCAGCGAUUUUACAUGGCGAUUUCAACACAUCCAAUUUCGGUAAUGAAAUCUACAAUUACGAUGCACCUUACAAUCAAGUGGCAUGUACCUAUUACAAGGUACAAUACUUACAGGAUAAAUCAUUUUAAGGGCGCAACAAAAGACUAGAGUCAUCUGACUAGACAACACAUUGUCUAUGCAAUACUGCCAUCUAACGUUUUUGAAUCGCAACUGCAUGCUAAGUCUACUUUUUGAUACUUGCAAAUGAGACUCAAAAUUUUGAGAAAAAAAGACCCACAGCACAGUUAUUAUUAAACAAAUAACAUGUAUUUCCACAUGAACACAUGCAGAAGUAGCGAAAAUUGGUAUCGUAUUGAUUUUUAAACGUAAAAUGUAGCCAUCUCUAAUUAUCCAAGAUGAUGUACCGCGUGUCUAUCUUGUUUGCCUGUUGCACGGUUGUAAGAACAUACCUAUAGACAACAACUGUUGGAAAGAGAAAACUGCUCGGUUAUGAUUUUCCUUAUUUCAGACAUGCUUAACAGCGUUCCAUUAACGUCCAUCACAUGUUUACACUUGCACAAUUCAACAUGUCUGACAUCCAUCCAUCCAUUUUUCUACCGCUUAUUCCCUUUGGGGUUGCGGGGGGCGCUGGUGCCUAUCUCAGCUACAAUCGAGCAAAAGGCGGAGUACACCCUGGACAAGUCGCCACCUCAACGCAGGGCUAAUAUAUAUAUAUAUGUUUUAGUCAAUUAGUGCAUGAGGAAUAUAUAUAUAUAUGUAUAUAUACAGUAUAAAUAUAUUUAUAUUAAUAUAUAUAAUUAUUUAUAUUAAUAUAUAUAUAUAUAUAUUCCUCAUGCACGAAUGAGGAAUAUAUAUAUAUGUAUAUAUAUACAGUAUAUAUAUAUGUAUAUAUACAGUAUAAAUAUAUAUUUAUAUUAAUAUAUAUAUAUACAUAUAUAUAUAUAUAUAUAUUCCUCAUGCACUAAUUAACUAAAAGAGUGCGCACUUGCCGCACGCUCGCCCGACACUGCGGCGCGAUGAUGUCACGUUAUCAAUGAGAAAAUGUAUUUUUAGACAACAAGUGAUAGAAAAUAGAUUAGAAAGGACACAUUUAAAAAAAUUACUUGAAAAUUUCUGCGGGCCGGAUAUUGUAUGCUGCCGGGCCUCAUUCGGCCCACGGGCCUUAGUUUGGGGUCCCCUGAUCUAAGCUUUGUAAAUUCCGGGUAUUAUUCUCUAUUCUUUCAUUAUCAUAUUUUCAGAAUGUGUUUGUUCUAUUUUUGGCCAAAGUAAGACAACGGAAUCAAUCUGAAGUUGUCUUUAUUUUUUAGUUUCAAUGUCAUGAUUUUAAUGCGCAGAUUUCCCUCCAUGCGGCCCCUUGAGCUCAAAUGAGUUGGACAGCCCUAAUGUACAGUAUUACAGCAUAUGUAACAGCUGCGGCACAAAACAAAGGGCAGCAUAAAAAUAAAGAGUAGAUCCAGCAGAAAAUAGACAUUAAAAACAAAGAAAGGAAGCUAACAGAAAAGGUCGGACAAAUUGAAAUAAAUAAAUUGAGACUUCCCGCAGGCUGGAUUUUGGACGCUGGUGGGCCGUAGUUUGGGGACCCCUGCUGUAAUCUGUCAAAGCCCUUGUCUUAUAAAAUGCAUUGCCUUCUUUGCUGUUCUUACUGUACAGUAACAGUAAAAACAUUUGAUCAGACUGUACUGUGCAUACUUGGAAGGAGCUAAAAAGACAAUGACUUACUGGAAAGGAAACAAUGCACUUGUAUUAUCAUUAGACUGCAGCGGGUUUUUUGCCCUUUUGCCACCAGCAGAAUAUAACCCCAUCUUUUUUUUAAUAAGAAUCGCUGGGUUGGGAUGUGUUGUCGAUACAAGUGACCCUCAAACUCCCAGGUGAAGGUAUACCUUUGGCCUGCAGGGGAAGAAGAGCUGUCAGAGAUUUUUGGAAAAAAAAAAAACGCAUUUGAGGAAGCACAGUAGUGAGCACAAAGCAGCCACACAUGUCUCUGGGUGAGAAAUGAGCUUCAGCAGCCGGCGAGCUAAAAAUACUGCCAGCCAGCCAGAGUGAAUUAGGUGAAGAAACGUAUUGAUCAUGUCAGCUGUUCAUCUUCAAGGAGUCUGCACACAGAAUGGAAGCACUGGCAUGGGCCUGGUAUCACCACAGUAUCACUAACUUUAAUGGUAUCAGCAUAUCUGCACAAUUUAUAUGAAAAAAAAAGACAAUUUUCCAAUUUUCUGCUUCUCUCAAAGCCCCUCUAAUAACUAAGUAAAACACUGUCACGUGAUACUCAAUGUAGACAAAUGUAUUGGGACACCUGAUAAACUUGAAUGAAUAAAUUAAAAUAGUAUCCCAAUACAUUUGUCCAUGUCUUGUAUUUGUUGUUUCCACGGGUCUUCUUUGUCUUCUAAGUUGCGUUAAAUAUGUAUUUCUAGCUUCAGUUUCUGAAAUUAAUAUUUUUAAAAAAAUAGAGUGAUAUUAUCUAUUUAUUAGUGCAAAUAGUAUAAAUAUGUGUGACUAAGCUAAGGUUAUAUUUAUUGUAUUUAAACUGUAAAUAUUGAUGUACAUUCUGAGACAUUCACAAUAAGUAUAUCUAGUGAAAGUGAGCAGGUGUAUACUUGAGCUGUAAAUAAAUAAUAAUAAUUGUAUAUUUUGAAAUAUUUUUUUGAUUUUUGUACAGUAGGUCAAUUUACUGUCGCGGUCAUGUCUGUUUGUGCGUUGGUGGUGGUACCCGAGUCAACAUGGCCAAGGGAUGUGUGAUGCAUUUUGUGUGGAUGUGCGUGUGUGUAAAGUAAAAGUGUGUUAAGUAAAUGUAGGUUUUUGUGUAGUUUCUCUGCUCUCACUGUUAUGUGCUGCUGAUUAUGGGACCACUUCUGUAAACUCUUUUGUGUGUUUCUUCCUGCCAACAGCAGACUGGCAACAUAAACAAUCAAUGAGAUGGAAAGUUAAAAUGUUGUCAUCCUUUAUUUAUUGAUUUAUUUAUUUUUUGGUUGACCAACUGUAUAACUUAACAUAAAUUAGCAAACAAAGAGAAAUAAAAUGAUCACUUUGACUAAAAAGUCUAUAAUGUGUGUCUGUUUUGUGAUGUGCGUGUAGUAUUUGAGAUACAGUAUGUUACGUAACACGCAAAGGAGUGCAAAGAGAGCACAACUACAACCAGAUAUUUUAGAGACUAAAAUGCGAAUACACGUUGAAAGGCGUAAAGCCUUCUCAUCCAAAUUAAUUUAGUUUUGGGCUUCCGACAAGCUGCUCCGCCUUCCUUGAAAAUUUGGCCGUGAGGGAUGGAGUGGAUAGUAUUUUUUUUUAAAGACAAUGUGUUCAAAUCAUGGCUCGAUUCACAUUCACACAAGCAGAAAUACCAGUUUGAAAUUGUAACCACAAUAGUUAACUGCAGAUUAUUUGCACACAAUAUUGUAAAAGUGUAUUAACUUUUAAGGGGGAACUGCAC